AUGGUUUCGGCCCUCGGGGGAGCCCGGGCGGCAGGGGUGCGCGGGGGCUCCAGGCGGGGCUCUGUGCCGAGGACCGCGGUGACCGCGAGGGAGGGCAGAGGUCACGGGGAGCCGGUGCGGCCCCGAGAGAGGGACAGCCCGUCGCCCCGCCGCGCUACGGGGAGCCGCGCGGAGGACCCGGGAGCCAUCGGGCCACCGUCACCCUUCCGGCCGCCGCGCCGCCUUCGCUCCCAGCUGAGCGCGAAAGUGCCGGGGCUCGGAGGGGGAAAUGAAGCAUUGGGGUGGGUUUUGUUUUUCUCUCCGCAUUCCUAUGUACAAAGAGAUCCAACUUCCGAAUCAGUUCAGCCGCUCCCUCUCCAGAAGUUGGCUCCAGGAUUCUUGGUUCUUCCCGUCUUUCUUUGUAAAAAGGGAGGCGGGGCGGGGAAAGCUACCUUCACUAGUUACCAGUGCACCUUGCCAGCGGGGACCAGGCCGGGGCGGCCUCGCAGGGCGGGCUUUGUCACCGCCACCUCUCGCUCGAGAAGCCCUGCCCAGCUCGCCUACUUUCUGUUCUGUCCCCGGGCUGCUGGGGUGUUUGCUUCCUGGUACUUUUAUUUGAACUCCUGGCAGAGAGCGCCCAGUGCCACCCGCAUUCGAUCACAUUUACGUCCUUCGGGAACCCCCAUCCCGACUUCCUGGGAAGCAGGAGGCUUGUCCCUGGGAGAAAGGGAGGAGGGACUGAAAGAUUCAAGCAGGAAGAGGAGAGGCGGCAGAGAGCGGGAGGCGGCUGCUGACUCAGGGGGAGGCAGAGGAGUCCCAGGGUGUGUGACCUCAGGAGGACCCCCAAACUGUGGGCGGGAAGGACCCCUCCAGGAUCCUGGCCCAGUGGCUUACAGCUUCUCACCAGCACCACAGUAUCAAAUAAGUUUUACAUCAGACAGCCCACACUUCCCUCUAUAUAUAAGCAAAACAAUAGCUGCUCAGAACAAUACUUACCCUUAUGACCUGCAAUGCACUCUGAUAUUUUCUGUUCUUUUUCGGGGUUUUGUUUUGUUUUUUAAUACCGAUUGCUUUUUCAAAUGUGCCAAAUGGGUUACAAACUGCAGUUUGAUAAACCCCAUCCAGACCAGUCUGCCAGAAAGAAAAGGCCAAAGCCCACAGAAGGGGCACCAACCUCAAGGUCACAGGGCGGGUUCAUGGCCACUGGAGCCCAAAGCCCAGCCCCUGACUCCCAGCCCCUGACUCCUGAAGCCCAGCCCCCGACUCCCAGCCCCCUAGUCUCCUCUCCAGGACCCCACACGGCCCUGGACUGCGGCUGUCCGCCCCUGGGCCCUGCUGGGAAGGGCCAGCCCCUGGCACAGGCUCACUCCCUCCCAGAAGUCAGGCCUCCCCUGGCUUCCUCAAGGAGCAUAUGCAUUCAUUCCAUAAGCAUAUAUUGAGGGCCUACUAUGUGCCAGGCCUCUGCUGGGCACCGGGCUCUCAUCAAGACAUGGAGGAUGAAGAGGGACAUUCUGGAAACACUCUCCCAGGGCUGCACGCUGGGCACGUGCUGUCCUUGUCCUCCUUGUCCCGGCUGCAUCCAGACCCCAUGUCCUUCCUCGCCUGAGUCUCAAAAGAUGGUUCCAGAACCAGCCAAGGUCUCUCAGCCAGUAGGGGGGGGCAGGCCUAUCUCACCCACAGCUCACGCCAAGGCUUCUCCCUCCACCCCUGCCUGGGAGUGCCCUGACCCUCCAUCCCUCCACCAACCACAGGAGCCAGAGGGGGAGCACGACUCCCACCUGACUGAGAAGGUCGCCCGCAGGGCCUCACUGCCAACUCCCCCACUGCUCCUGGGAAUCUCUCUGCAACAUGACGUCCAUGCUGUGUCCCCCGAGGAGCCACCCCUCGGCUCCAGGCCCUGGCCACUGCUUCUGCCAAAUCAACUUCACUAGACGAAUGGAGAGGGAGCGAGAGAUAGAAACAUCAAUGAUGAGAGAGAACUGAUGCAAACUGCAGUGUGAUAAACCUCCAGCAUGUCUCGCCUCCUGCCCCCUGACACUCACUCACCU